AUGGUCCGCUUCGGGGACGAGCUGGGUGGCCGCUAUGGGGGCGCCGGCGGCGGGGAGCGGGCCCGGGGCGGCGGGGCCGGCGGGCCAGGCGGCCCGGGCCCCGGGGGGCUGCAGCCAGGCCAGCGGGUCCUCUACAAGCAGUCGAUCGCGCAGCGCGCGCGAACCAUGGCGCUGUACAACCCCAUCCCUGUGAGACAGAACUGCUUCACCGUCAACCGCUCGCUCUUCGUCUUCAGCGAGGACAACGUCGUCCGCAAAUACGCCAAGCGCAUCACCGAGUGGCCUCCGUUUGAGUACAUGAUCCUGGCCACCAUCAUCGCCAACUGUAUCGUUCUGGCACUGGAGCAGCACCUCCCCGAAGGGGAUAAGACACCCAUGUCCGAGCGGCUGGACGACACGGAGCCCUAUUUCAUCGGCAUCUUCUGCUUCGAGGCCGGCAUCAAGAUUGUCGCCCUGGGCUUCGUGCUGCACAAGGGCUCCUACCUGCGCAACGGCUGGAACGUCAUGGACUUUGUGGUGGUUCUGACGGGGAUCCUUGCCACGGCUGGCACAGACUUCGACCUGCGGACUCUGCGGGCUGUGCGGGUGCUAAGGCCCCUGAAGCUGGUGUCUGGGAUUCCCAGUCUGCAGGUGGUGCUCAAGUCCAUCAUGAAGGCCAUGGUCCCGCUGCUGCAGAUCGGCCUGCUGCUCUUCUUCGCCAUCCUCAUGUUCGCCAUCAUCGGCCUGGAGUUCUACAUGGGCAAGUUCCACAAGGCCUGUUUCCCUAACAACACAGAUAAAGACCCAGUGGGCGACUUCCCGUGUGGCCGGGAGGCCCCUGCCCGGCUGUGUGAGGGUGGUGCCGAGUGCCGGGAGUACUGGCCCGGGCCCAACUUUGGGAUCACAAACUUCGACAACAUCCUGUUUGCUGUCCUGACGGUGUUCCAGUGCAUCACCAUGGAGGGCUGGACCGACAUCCUCUACAACACAAACGAUGCCGCUGGAAACACUUGGAACUGGCUCUACUUCAUCCCUCUCAUCAUCAUCGGCUCCUUCUUCAUGCUCAACCUGGUCCUGGGAGUGCUCUCAGGGGAGUUUGCUAAGGAGCGUGAGCGGGUGGAGAACCGCAGAGCCUUCCUGAAGCUGCGGAGGCAGCAGCAGAUCGAGAGGGAGCUCAACGGGUACCUGGAGUGGAUCUUCAAGGCCGAGGAGGUCAUGCUGGCCGAGGAGGACAAGAAUGCUGAGGAGAAGUCCCCUCUGGAUGUGUUGAAGAGAGCAGCCAGCAGGAAGAGCCGGAACGACCUGAUCCACGCAGAGGAGGGCGAGGACCGGUUUGCAGACCUCUGUGCUGUGGGCUCCCCCUUCACCCGGCCCGGCCUCAAGAGCGGGAGGACUGACAGCGCGUCCUACCUGCGCAGGAAGGAGAAGAAGUUCCGGUUCCUGGUGCGGCGCGUGGUGAAGGCGCAGAGCUUCUACUGGGCGGUGCUGUGCGUGGUGGCCCUGAACACUUUGUGCGUGGCCAUGGUGCAUCACAAGCAGCCGCAGCGGCUGACCACGGCGCUGUACUUUGCAGAGUUUGUUUUCCUGGGUCUCUUCCUCACAGAGAUGUCUCUGAAGAUGUACGGCCUGGGGCCCAGAAGCUACUUCCGGUCCUCCUUCAACUGCUUCGACUUUGGGGUCAUCGUGGGCAGCAUCUUUGAAGUGGUCUGGGCCGCCAUCAAGCCAGGAACCUCCUUCGGGCUUAGCGUGCUGCGGGCACUGCGGUUGCUGAGGGUCUUCAAAGUCACCAAGUACUGGAGCUCCCUGAGGAACCUGGUGGUGUCGCUGCUCAACUCUAUGAAGUCCAUCAUCAGCCUCCUCUUCCUGCUCUUCCUGUUCAUCGUUGUCUUUGCGCUGCUGGGCAUGCAGCUGUUUGGGGGCCAGUUCAACUUCAAAGAUGAGACGCCAACGACCAACUUUGACACCUUCCCUGCUGCCAUCCUCACUGUCUUCCAGAUCCUGACUGGAGAGGACUGGAACGCGGUGAUGUACCACGGGAUCGAGUCUCAAGGCGGGGUCCGCAAAGGCAUGUUCUCGUCCUUCUACUUCAUCGUCCUGACGCUGUUUGGGAAUUACACGCUGCUGAACGUCUUCCUGGCCAUCGCCGUGGACAACCUCGCCAAUGCCCAGGAACUGACCAAGGACGAGGAGGAGAUGGAAGAAGCAGCCAAUCAGAAGCUUGCUCUGCAGAAGGCCAAGGAAGUGGCAGAAGUCAGCCCCAUAUCCGCCGCGAACGUCUCCAUCGCUGCCAAGCAGCCCAACUCGGCCAAGGCGCGCUCGGUGUGGGAGCAGCGAGCCAACCAGCUGCGGCUGCAGACCCUGCGCGCCAGCUGCGAGGCGCUGUACAGCGAGCUGGGCCCCGAGGAGCGGCUGCGCUACGCCACCGCGCGUCACCUGCGGCCCGACAUGAAGACGCACCUGGACCGCCCGCUGGUGUUGGAGCCCGGCCCGGACGGCACGCGGGGGCCGCCGGCGGGGAAGACCCGGCCCGAGGGCGCGGACGCGCCGCGCAGGCACCACCGGCAUCGCGACAGGGACAAGGCCCCGGCCCCGGCCCCGGCCCCCGUGGUGGAGCAGGACCCUGCGGACGCCCCUAAGGCGGAGGCCGGAGAGCCCGCCGCCCGGGAGGAGCGGGCGCGGCCGCACCGCAGCCGCAGCAAGGAGGCCCGGAGCGAGCGCGGCCGCGGCCCGGGGCCCGAGGGCGGCCGGCGUCACCGCGCCCACCGGCACGGGCCCGACCUGGGCAAGGAGGGCACAGCGCCCGGCGCCAAGGGCGAGCGACGAGCGCGGCACCGCGGCCCCCGGGCCGGCACCAGGGAGGCGGAGAGCGGGGAGGAGCCGGCGCGGCGGCACCGGGCCCGGCACCGGGCGCUGCCCGCACGCGAGGACGCGCAGAAGGACGGCGAGGCCGAGGCCAGGGACCCCGCCAAGGAGCUGCGGAACCACCAGCCCAAGGAGCCACACUGCGACCUGGAGGCCAGUGGGAUAGUGGGUGUGGGUCCUGUGCACACACUGCCCAGCACCUGUCUGCAGAAGGUGGAGGAGCAGCCAGAGGAUGCAGAUAAUCAGCGGAACGUCACUCGGAUGGGCAGUCAACCCCCAGACCCGAGUGCCGCUGUGCAGGUCCCAGUGACGCUGACCGGCCCUCCCGGGGAGACCACAGUUGUUCCCAGUGGCAACGUGGACCUGGAAAGCCAAGCAGAGGGGAAGAAGGAGGUGGAAGCUGCUGAAGUGACGCACAGUGGCCCCCGACCCAUCGUCCCGUACAGCUCCAUGUUCUGCCUAAGCCCCACCAACCUGCUCCGUCGCGCCUGCCACUACGUCGUCACCUUGCGGUACUUCGAGAUGGUCAUCCUCGUGGUCAUCGCUCUGAGCAGCAUCGCCCUGGCCGCCGAGGACCCUGUACGGACGGACUCGCCCCGGAACAACGCCCUGAAGUACCUGGACUACAUUUUCACAGGCGUCUUCACCUUCGAGAUGGUGAUCAAGAUGAUCGACUUAGGGCUGCUGCUGCAUCCUGGGGCCUACUUCCGGGACCUGUGGAAUAUUCUGGACUUCAUUGUGGUCAGUGGCGCCCUGGUGGCGUUUGCCUUCUCAGGAUCCAAAGGGAAAGACAUCAACACCAUCAAGUCCCUGAGAGUCCUGCGUGUCCUACGGCCCCUCAAGACCAUCAAACGGCUGCCUAAGCUCAAGGCUGUAUUUGACUGUGUGGUGAAUUCCCUGAGGAACGUCCUCAACAUCCUGGUGGUCUACAUGCUCUUCAUGUUCAUUUUCGCUGUCAUCGCCGUGCAGCUGUUCAAAGGGAAGUUCUUCUACUGCACAGACGAGUCCAAAGAGCUGGAGCGGGACUGCAGGGGCCAGUAUUUGGAUUAUGAGAAGGAGGAAGUGGAAGCUCAGCCACGGCAGUGGAAGAAAUAUGACUUUCACUAUGACAACGUGCUCUGGGCCCUGCUGACACUGUUCACGGUCUCCACGGGAGAAGGGUGGCCCAUGGUGCUGAAACACUCCGUGGACGCCACGUACGAGGAGCAGGGCCCGAGCCCCGGCUACCGCAUGGAGCUGUCCAUCUUCUACGUGGUCUACUUCGUGGUCUUCCCCUUCUUCUUUGUGAACAUCUUCGUGGCUUUGAUCAUCAUCACCUUCCAGGAACAGGGGGACAAGGUGAUGUCUGAGUGUAGCCUGGAGAAGAACGAGCGGGCCUGCAUUGACUUCGCCAUCAGCGCCAAACCCCUGACUCGGUACAUGCCGCGGAACAAGCAGUCACUCCAGUACAGGACAUGGACGUUCGUGGUCUCACCGCCCUUCGAGUACUUCAUCAUGGCCAUGAUAGCCCUGAACACGGUGGUGCUGAUGAUGAAGUUCUACGAUGCGCCGUACGAGUACGAGCUGAUGCUCAAGUGCCUGAACGUCGUGUUCACGUCCGUGUUCUCCCUGGAGUGCAUCCUGAAGAUCAUCGCCUUUGGGGUGCUGAACUAUUUCAGAGACGCGUGGAAUGUCUUUGAUUUUGUCACGGUGUUGGGAAGUAUUACUGAUAUUUUGGUAACAGAGAUUGCGGAAACGAACAACUUCAUCAACCUCAGCUUCCUGCGUCUGUUCCGUGCCGCCCGGCUCAUCAAGCUGCUGCGUCAAGGAUACACCAUCCGCAUCCUGCUGUGGACCUUCGUGCAGUCCUUCAAGGCCCUGCCCUACGUGUUGCUGAUCGCCAUGCUGUUCUUCAUCUACGCCAUCAUCGGCAUGCAGGUGUUUGGGAAUAUUGCCCUGGAUGACGACUCCAGCAUCAACAGGCACAACAACUUCCGGACCUUCCUGCAAGCCCUGAUGUUGCUAUUCAGGAGUGCCACUGGGGAGGCAUGGCACGAGAUCAUGCUGUCGUGUCUCAGCCACCGGGCCUGUGACGAGCACGCCAACGCCACCGAGUGUGGAAGCGACUUUGCCUACUUUUACUUCGUCUCCUUCAUUUUCCUUUGCUCCUUUCUGAUGCUGAACCUCUUUGUGGCCGUCAUCAUGGACAACUUUGAGUACCUCACGCGGGACUCUUCCAUCCUGGGGCCGCACCACCUGGACGAGUUCAUCCGCGUCUGGGCCGAGUAUGACCCGGCUGCGUGUGGGCGCAUCAGUUACAGUGACAUGUUCGAGAUGCUGAAACACAUGUCCCCACCCCUGGGGCUGGGGAAGAAGUGCCCUGCGCGAGUGGCAUACAAGCGUCUGGUUCGCAUGAACAUGCCCAUCUCCAAUGAGGACAUGACCGUCCACUUCACAUCCACGCUGAUGGCCCUCAUCCGGACCGCCCUGGACAUCAAGCUGGCUCCAGCUGGCACCAAGCAGCAUCAGUGUGACGCAGACUUGAGGAAGGAGAUUUGCUCUGUGUGGGCUAAUCUGCCCCAGAAGACGCUGGAUUUACUGGUGCCCCCCCAUAAACCUGAUGAGAUGACGGUGGGGAAAGUCUAUGCAGCUCUGAUGAUAUUCGACUUCUACAAACAGAACAAAACCAGCAGAGACCAGAUUCACCAAGCUCCUGGUGGUCUGUCACAGAUGGGUACUGUGUCCCUGUUUCACCCUCUGAAGGCCACACUGGAGCAGACUCAGCCAGCUGUGCUCCGAGGAGCCCGGGUUUUCCUUCAGCAGAAGAGCUCGACCUCCCUCAGCAAUGGUGGGGCGGUACAAACCCAAGAGAGUGGCAUCAAGGAGUCUGUUUCCUGGGGUACUCAGAGGACCCAGGAGGUGCCGUAUGAGGCGAGGACCCCCCUGGAACGUGGCCACUCAACAGAGAUCCCAGUGGUGCAGCCAGGAAAACGAGCUGUGGAAGUACAGAUGCAGAGCAUGACCAUGAGGGGCCUUGAUGGGGAGCCCCAGCCUGGGCUGGAGAGCCAGGGUCGUGCGGCCUCCAUGCCCCGCCUGGCAGCAGAGACACAGCCGGCUCCGGACACCAGCCCCAUGAAGCGCUCCAUCUCCACACUGGCGCCGCAGCGUCCCCACGCGGCACAGUUCUGCAGUGGCGGCCUGGACCGCGCUGCCGCCAGCCAGGCCGCAACCCACCACCACCACCGCUGCCACCGCCGCAGGGACAGGAAGCAGAAGUCCCUGGAGAAGGGGCCCAGCCAGUCCGCAGACAAGGACGGCGCGCCCAGCAGCACUGCGGGGCAAGGGCCGCCCCCGGGCGAGGGGCCCGCCGGCGGCCGGCGGGAGCGCAGGCAGGAGCGCGGCCGGUCGCAGGAGCGGAGGCAGCCGUCGUCGUCCUCCUCCGAGAAGCAGCGCUUCUACUCAUGCGACCGCUUCGGAGGCCGCGAGCCCCCGCAGCCUAGACCCUCCCUCAGCAGCCACCCCACGUCGCCGACGGCCAUGCCGGAGCCAGGACCCCCGCGACAGGGGAGUGGCUCGGCGAAUGGCAGCCCCUUGCUGUCCACAUCUGGUGCUAGCACCCCUGGCCGCGGAGGGCGGAGGCAGCUCCCCCAGACCCCGCUGACGCCGCGUCCCAGCGUCACCUACAAGACAGCCAACUCCUCGCCCGUGCACUUCGGGGGCGCUCAGAGCAGCCUCCCCGCCUUCUCCCCGGGCCGGCUCAGCCGAGGCCUUUCCGAACACAAUGCCCUGCUGCACACGGACGCCCUCAGCCAGCCCCUGGCCCCCAGCUCUCGGAUCGGCUCUGACCCUUACCUGGGGCAGCGUCUGGACGGCGAGGUCGCUGCCCGCACUCAGCCUGAGGACACGCUCACCUUCGAGGAGGCGCUGGCCACCAACUCGGGCCGCUCCUCCCGGACUUCCUACGUGUCGUCCCUGACCUCCCAGUCCCACCCCCUCCGCCGAGUGCCCAACGGCUACCACUGCACGCUGGGGCUCAGCUCCGGCGGCCGCGUGGGGCACAGCUACCACCACCCGGACCAAGACCACUGGUGCUAG